CCUCAGUGUAGACUUGUUAUUGCAGCAUAGCUAACUAGCUAGCUAUAUAACUUAUUGAUUGCAUUUCUAGCUAGAUCCAUCGUUUGGCUCUUUGAACUUUUAUUGAAUUAAACAACAUCUCUCUAGAAAAAUGAUCCCAGAGCUGUCCAGUCCCUCAGUGUGUAUGAGGGACCCUCAGAGGGUGGAGGAGAUCAUCAAGGCCAUGCAGAAGGCUGGCACCAGCAAGAUGCAGGUGAUUUCAGACUUUGACAUGACCCUCACACGGUUUUCCUACAAUGGGAAGCGGUGCCCUACCAGUCACAAUAUCCUGGACAACAGCAAGCUCAUCAGUGAGGAGUGCAAAGCACAGCUGAAGGACCUGCUCAACACAUAUUACCCCAUAGAGAUCGAUUCCAAACUGACAGCGGAGGAGAAGCUGCCCCUCAUGGUGGAGUGGUGGACUAAAGCCCAUACUCUUCUGGUGCAGCAGCGCAUCAGGAAAGACCUGCUGCGGGAUGUGGUGAAAGAGUCCGAUGCUAUGCUCAGGGAGGGCUACCAGCUGUUCUUUGACCACCUGCAGGAGCAGAACAUCCCUCUGCUCAUCUUCUCUGCUGGGGUGGGAGACGUGCUGGAGGAGGUGAUCCGCCAGGCCGGGGUCUUUCACCCCAACGUCAAGGUCUUCUCCAACUACAUGGACUUUGAUGAGACUGGAGUGCUGAAGGCGUUCAAAGGGGAGCUGAUCCAUAUCUAUAACAAGAGGGAGGGAGCUCUGCUGAACACGGGCCACUUCCAGGAGCUCAAGUCACGCCACAACGUCCUGCUGGUGGGAGACUCUCUGGGGGACCUGACCAUGGCUGAUGGGGUGCACAGCAUGGAGAACAUCCUCAAGAUCGGCUUCCUCAACGACAAGGUGGAGGAGAGGAAGACGUCCUACCUGAAUGCUUAUGACAUCGUGCUGGUGAAGGAUGAGACCAUGGAAGUGCUGAACGCCCUGCUGCUCCACCUCACCGGCACCAAGUGACCUGACCAUGAACUUCAUCUUACUGGCCAAUCAGUAACGAGCCUUCCGAAGCUACAGGAAGUAUGUCGUACUGGUUUAGCAAGCUCUUGCUCAGGAUGUGCCCGUAGUCAGAUACCAUGAGCCAAGUCAGAAUGGUAUUGUUUUUGGUUUGUCUUUUACUAAAGCUCCAAUGGCUGUUUGUGUGGGCCUCUGGGAUGGGUCUCAGACUGUGUUUUGGAGUCGUCCUUCCACGCUCCUCCAGUUGAGUCCUUGUUGAACACUUACAACUUGAGAGCAACAUCCGUUAUAGUCCUAAAAUUUGAUUUGAUUUACUCGACAACCCUACUGUCACAUUCUCAAUUGUUUACGAACCGUCAAUAGUCCAACUGAAAUGGGACAGGAAAACUAGGUGACUUCUCCAUCUGGUAAAUGGGUUGGGUUCGUGGGGAGAGAAACGUGACUGGUGAUAUGUAUGCCCUGUCUACAUAUGAGGAAUAUACAGUACCAGUCAAAAGUUUGGACACACCUACACAUUCCAGGGUUUU